AUGCUAUCUCCGCCACCUUUGAAACCGGCAGUUCCUUCAGCGUCGCUACUCCGAUACCUCCGCUCCCAGUCAGAGAAUACCUAUGUCUUCACAUCGGCAUGCGGAACUUCUCGAAAGCCGCAAGUUCAUAACCAGCCAUCCCGUAUGCCCGCAUUGAGAAAUACAUCCAGCUGGGCCUAUAUUACGCCAAUACAAUGUCGCGCCACGUUACAGACAAACCUUCCAACCAUUUCUAGAAGCCGUGGUUCAUCGCGAUGUCGAGCUGCGCUGGGUCAAUCUCCGCCUCCCAUCUCCGUGUUUUCGCGGGCUACACACACGAAGAGUCGCCCUUUACUUCGCAGGCUAUUUGACCUAAGGCGUAAUAAAGCGGCUGCAGAGGCCAAACUGAACCGCACCGGUGGUCCUGCGUUGGUCGAUGAGGGAACAGAGGGCUUGAAUUUUGGACGUGGAUUAGCGGCAAAGGCUUCCAACGAGCUGCGAUUGCGAUGCACUGAGUUUGAUAACAACGGCAAUGUCACACUUGUCAAUGGAGAGUUUAGGAAGAGUGAGCUUAUCGCAAAGUAUGGCCUCCUCCCUCGAGACCUUCGCAAAAUUGACUCUUCCACCUUGCCUCACAUUCUUGUACGACCGAGUGCUAUCCUUAUCAACCUUCUACAUCUUCGCGUGCUGAUCAAGGCCGAUCGGGUUUUGGUCUUUGAUGCCUACGGAUCUACCGAUUCAUAUAUGCAGUCGCUGUUUGUAUAUGACCUGGAAGGAAAGCUACGUCAGAAACAAUCGCAGGGUGCCCAAUCUCUGCCUUACGAGUUCCGUGCUCUCGAAGCUGUUUUGAUCAGCGUCACAGCAGGCCUUGAGGAGGAGUUUAAUGGUGUUCGAGAGCCCGUGGUGCGCGUACUUCGGGCCUUGGAAGAGGAUAUUGAUAGGGAUAAGCUCAGGCAUCUGUUGAUCUACUCUAAGAAACUGGGUAGUUUUGAGCAGAAAGCUCGACUGGUGCGGGAUGCAAUCGAUGAUUUGCUGGAAGCCGACGAUGACUUAGCGGCGAUGUACUUGACUGAGCGUUCAGAGGGCGUUCAGAGACAGGAGCACGACCAUCAAGAAGUUGAAAUGCUGCUAGAGUCGUACCACAAGGUUUGUGACGAAAUCGUUCAGGAGAGCGGUAACUUAGUGACCGGCAUUCGGAAUACAGAAGAAGUUGUGAAAGCUAUCCUCGACGCCAAUCGCAACUCUCUCAUGCUGCUCGAUCUGAAGUUUAGCAUCGGCACGCUUGGACUUGCAACAGGAACUCUCUUCUCUGCCCUAUAUGGUAUGAACCUUAAGAAUUUCAUUGAAGAGUCCGACUUUGGAUUCGGAGGAGUCUCCGUCAUAUGCUUUGCGAUCACCGCGGUCGUCUGCGUAUAUGGGCUAGCGAAACUGCGCAAGCUUCAGCGUGUCCGAAUGUGGGGUGAGGCCGGCGUAGGUGGUUCACCGAUGGUUUCCCUUCCCACUCGAAACAGCGCGCUCACGGCACACCGGUCCAACUGGCGAGCGGAUUCCAUUGAGCCGGUCUGGGGUGGUCUUCCAGGCGAAGGUCGCGCCGAGAGAAUCAGACGUUUGAAAGACAGCGCCGCGGCUGCGGCUGCCAAAUCCGCUGCCACCGAACCUACUGCGCAGCGAGCAGCAGCUUUGAGGAAUGCGACUAAGUCGCAACCAAAGCAGAGCAGUGAAUCUGCAACCCAUGGGCCUGCUGCUAACAUCGGUGGUGACUCUACGUAG